UGCCAUGUAUCUACGUUGAACAUGUUCUCUGAGUGGACAGGAGGUGACUGAGCAGAGGAGGCAUACGGAUAUCUUGACUGUGUGGCGCAGACUCGGAUGGUUGUGUUUUGUGCCCACGUGGCGCUGUUUAGCGCGUCGCGUCGCGUCCUUCAAAUCUGAAUUCAUUCUUCCGUACCGCCUUUCAAGCACGUAUACUACUACUUACACUCUCCUACACCAGUACUUCCUUCAAAAUGUCCACUCGUCGUAGAAUUGGAGUCAGUAUUGCAACGUCGGAAGCAGCACGCCGCCAGCUCAUGCAGGCCACGCCCUGCUGGCAGAAGGUAUGGGCCUUACCGGACAAUGCACCCCAAGGCUCGACGAUCAAAGUCUUCAAAUGGGUCAAAACCAACAAAAUACAGCAAUUCAGCGACGACGAAGGAGACGUGGACGAGCCGCUGGCUCCGCUUCCGGAUGAGCCAGAGGUGGUAGAAGGGGAGGAGGAGGACCAGGACGAAAAGGAGGAGAGUACACCGGCUCUUGCACCGGAUGUUUCAAGGGAUAUUUCUGAGCUCCCUCCGGCUUCGAAGGAGGAAGAGUCUCCUUCCAAAGCCCCUUCACCGAAACCUCACCCAUUAUCCAUGUCCUUCCAGCCAAGUGGUCUCUCGGCAGAGCAGACGGUCGACGACCUCGACAACCCGCUACAGCCCGACAUGGAGUCCUCAGACAAUAACCUCGAUAUUGGAGAGACAAACCUCACUAUGGGUGGGGAGCAGGUCGACGAGGGAGAGACGUUGAUAUUGGGAACGCCGCAAGACAUGAUGGGUAGUGAUCUUGACCUUGGAGUGCCGGAGGGCGCAGGAGACGGGUUGGAUUUGGAUUCUGCGAUGAAUGUGGAGGGUGGGGAGGGGUUGGACUUGGAUUUGUCGGGGCUGGGGCCGGAUGGAGAGGCGUUUGAGUCGGCACACGAUUUGUCGCAGAUGGAGCCUACCGAUGCGAUUAUGGGAGGGACUAUGAUGGAUGACAGUAUGGAUCCUUUCGCGACGGAGCCAAGCUAGGGGUGAGGAGGGGUAUUGUUAGGAGUUGUGCGCUCCAUGUCGGUGUAUCUUGAGUUAUUGUAUUCAUAUUCUUCGUGUGGUAUGA